ACGGCGACUGCGACUAUUCAGCGAGACUUCCACGCCAAUUGAAGUCUGAGACUGAAAAGUGAUCGGAAAUAGAAACCAUGGGAAAGCGCAAACUCGGAGCCCUCGAAAAGGUCGACGCAGACCUCGCGAACCUGCAGAACAAAAUCAAACGAGAUCCGAAAUCCUACCACACCGACUUCCUGCACCAGCACAUCCAGUAUGAGAACCAGAGACAGAUCUUCAUGCAGGCCCCGGCGUCAGCCUCUUCCAGCGGCAUCAUCUCUUUCCGCGACCUAAUCGAGUUCGUGGCCCAUGUGGCGGACUGCUACCGGGAGGAGACGAAAGACUUUCCGAAACAGUUGAUCGAGAUUCUGUCGGCGCACCAUGCGACGUUGGAGCCUGAGUUAAGGGAAAAGAUUGUGGGCAGUCUGGUGCUGCUGAGAAAGAAAGAGAUUAUCGACUCACACACGCUGCUACAAUGUUUCUUCCCCAUCCUCACCACGACACCCAGCAAGUCCCUGCGAGCAUUACUGUUCCAGAAAAUCCUGAGCGAUUUGCGUUCUGCGAACUCGAAGACCACAAAUCACAAACUCAAUCGCAGUGUGCAGACGACGCUGCACAAUCUUGUCACGGACGACCGAUCGUCUCCGAAAGCGUUAUGGGCAGUCAAGAUUACACGAGAGAUGUGGAAGCGGCAGAUCUGGACGGAUGCGAAGGCCGUCGAGAUCAUGAAAGAGGCGGCGCUAGCUGACAACGAGAAAUGUGCGGUGGGAGGCUUGCGGUUCUUUCUGGGCGGCGACAAAGAGCGAGAAGAGCUGGAGGAUGAGAGCUCAGACGAAGAGACCGUCGAUAUAAGCAAGCUGCGGCAUCAGAUUGGGGUCAACAAGAAAAGUAAGAAAACGGAGAGAAAACUCGAAAAGGCUGCCGCAACAGUUCGUCGGAAAGAGAAGAAAAAAGGACAGCCUCAUCCGCUGAAUUUCUCUGCCUUACAUCUUUUGCACGAUCCCCAAGGGUUUGCGGAGACGAUGUUUUCGAAGCACCUGCAGAGUGCGAAGUCGAAGUUAAACCUCGAACAAAAGCUGUUGGCGUUACAACUGGUGUCACGGCUGAUUGGAUUGCACAAGCUGACCGUGAUCAGUUUUUACUCCUAUUUUCUGAAGUAUCUGACACCUCGACAACCUUCUGUUACAUCAUUUCUAGCAUCGCUUGCGCAGUCGACACAUAAUCUUGUGCCGCCAGAUAUACUGGAGCCCCUGGUACAGAAGAUUGCCAAUGAAUUUGUAUCGGAGGCAGCUGCUGGGGAGGUGGCCGCGGCGGGAUUGAAUGCAAUUCGCGAGAUUUGUGUGCGGCAGCCAUUGGCUAUGAAUGACACCUUACUACAAGAUCUGGUUAUGUAUCGGAAAAGCAAGGACAAAGGGGUGAUGAUGGCUGCAAAAGGUCUUCUCAGCCUGUAUAGACAAGUGGGCGCUGAAAUGCUUCGCAAAAGAGACCGUGGGCGAGACGCCACACUGGGUCUGAAGUCCGGCGAGCAGAAGCAGCAGAGAUUUGGUGAAGAGGCUGUUGGAGAAAUUGAAGGGUUGGAACUACUUGAACAAUGGAAAGAACAAGAAAGGCAGAGGAAGAGAUUGGAAAAGGGUCUUCCUGCAACUGGGUCUGAGGAUGAGGAGGACGAAAGUGAUGAGGAAGACUGGAAUGCUUGGAACAUCGAAGAAGAUGCAGACAGCGAUGAUUCGGGAGGCUGGAUCAAUGUCGAGAGUGACGACGAGAUCAAUAUCAGUGACAGCGAGGACGAGCAACCUUCGGCGAAGAAAGUGCGGUUCGAUGCGCAGGUUUCUACAAGCGACGACAAAGAGAACGCAGAGAAGCCCGGAGAAGCAGCAGAUUCAACCACAACCCAGCCAAAGUCAAAACUCGCUACGACUCGGAUUUUGACACCGGCUGACCUGACCAAGUUGCAAGAGCUUCGAACGACGGCCUCUGUGUCGUCGCUUAUGAAGAAUCACAAAUCACACCACGCGUCAAGCACAUCGCAGCAGACCAACUCGCAACGGCACAUGGAUGACCCUCUGACUGCGGCAGAGAUCGAAGGGUUAGCGUCGCUCUCACGAGGUAAAGCGACUCGAGCACAGAAGCUAGCGUUGCUGCAAGAACACAAGGAUGACCGUGAGGAGCACAAGUCCAAGGCAGCGCGGAAGAAGGAACGCAAGGAGUCGGAGGGCAAGAGCACGACGAACAAAGAAAAGGCACGCAAGAAGAAUUUCCUGAUGACGCUGGGAAAGGCCAAGUCCAAGGGGAAGAGGAGCUUGGUUGAGCACCGGAAGAUCUUGAGGGCGCAUGCUGAACGGGGGAAGAAGGGAGGGAGGAGAGGCAACCGAGGGUAGAUACUGUAGACACCUAGGGAUUUACAGUACCUGCUCAGAGAGAAGCAUUGAUCCCUCUCAUGGUAUCGACAUCUGAUGUGCUGAUCAAAUCCUCGGUCCUCCAGACCAAGAACUUGUCGUCCGUACGAGGUCAGCAACGAAAAGACCAGGCAAUAAUGCAUCGUCGUACCAAGCGUACCAGGCAGUAAAGGC